UGGUCGGGUCGAGGGAGGGCACAUUUCUUCAUGAUUCGGCGAAUGUCAUCAACUCAUGAGGUUAUUCUGUACACAUUUGGGCGUUGUAACAGAAAAUAUUGUUCUUCCAAUAAGACUUCAAAGUCGAAAUUAGUCGAGACCUUUCACAAGUUUUCAGAUCAGUAUGCGUUUAGAAAAGUUUCGGCUGUUGUAAAUAAUGCAGUACUUUAAGGGUAUUGGCAAUGAAGUCAUUUUGGCUCUUGUAGCCCCAACAUUUAUUCUAUUGUUCUUGGUGAUCAAAUUUCUUGUUGAACAAAUUUCUCAAGCCCCACAUAACAGUGCUGGAGAUUCACCUUCUUCGAGGCGAAGUUGGACUGAAUGGCUGCCAGCCUGGCUUUAUCAGCCAGACACGGAAAAUCCAAAUGAAAAUGUCAAUCGUAAUCGUACACAUUUCGAUACAGACACCUGUUCAAUAUGUAUUGGACCAUUUAGAUUACCAUUAGAAACAAAUUGUGGACAUCUUUUUUGUGGGACAUGCAUAUCAGCUUUGGCAAGUCACCAGUUUGCACUGCGUGCUGUACGGUGUCCAUUAUGUCGUCAAUCGGUUUCAAUUUUCUAUGAAUGCUUUUCUGAAGAAGAGCUCCAUACUGAAUCAGAUGAUAGAAAUUCCAUUCGUGAAAUGGUCCAAUAUUAUAACCGCAGGUUUUCUGGACAGCAUUCUUCACUUUGGUCCCACCUCCGAGACUUUCCAACUACUGUUCGCCACAUGUGGCGUGAAAUAUUACGUUCAGACGGGGACACUGCUCAUACAAUUUUUCGCCUUCGAAUUGCUCUUUUCUUUGCAGCUGCUGUCAUGUAUUUAGCAUCACCACUUGACCUUGUGCCUGAAGCUGCUUUUGGAGCACUGGGUCUUCUUGAUGAUGUUAUGGUUGUAGUUCUUCUUGCUAUUUACCUCAGUAUUCUGUAUAGACGUCUAGUUGUCAGUAGGGGACUGAGAACUAUGUGAUGGUGUUGUAGUUGUUGUAUAGGAAACAGCAGCUUUUGUUGAAUUAAUUCACUAGUCAUAAUGUGAUGCAGGGUGAUUUGUCAGGAUCCAAAGUGUUAUAAGAGAUGAGAUGUAUGUUUGUAUUUUACUACUACUUAUGAGAAAUUUUAUUUUGAGAACUUAUUUAUAAAACUUACAUUAAUUUCUCCUAACCAAUGCACUUUGGUUUAAGAUGCAUUAUAUAAUAAUUAUAUUGUCUCUGACAAUAUUGAAAUGUACAUACUAUAUAUGCUGUAGUUUCCUCGUAGAUUUGAAAUGACUUUUCAGCAAGUUAAGAAUGUCUAACAUGAUGUGAUGUUUUCUAUAUUCAAGGGAAUUUUGGAAUUUGUAGUGUUUUGUUUUAAAUAUUUGAGACUGAUGUUAUUUUAUAAAUACGAAGUACCUUCAUGUAGUUUGCCAUUUGAAAAAGAAAAAAAAAAACAUCUGCAGUUGUGUGCUGUUAGAUAGUCUGCUAUUCGUGAUUUGGGAAUGAGCAUAAUAAAAAUUACAGAUACUAAGAA